AUGUCGACAUUGACGUCCUCCUUCACGUCACCCGUUAUGGAUCUCUACAGGUACAUCCUUUCAAAGAGGGACCCGAGGACCAUGGGCUGGAGCUUGAGUGGUGAUCCCAAGUUCAUGUUCCCUGUCAUUUUUGCUUACCUCUACAUUGUGAAGAUAGGUGGGCCGCGAUGGAUGAUGAACCGCAAGCCGUUUCAGAACCUCAAGCCCGUGAUCAUGGCGUAUAACUUCGCCAUGGUGGUCACGAAUUCCAUUUUCUUCGUAUUGUACCUUCGGCACUCUUACCUGGGCGGUGGCUACAACUUGUUCUGUCAAGGCGUUACUUAUUCGAGAGAUGACAACACCAUGGCGUUGUUAAACCUGACCUGGUGGUAUAUCUUCGUGAGGAUCGCUGACUUUUUCGAUACGAUAUUCUUUCUGCUGCGUAAGAAGUUCUCCCACAUCACCGUGCUUCACGUGGUGCAUCACACUCUGGUUGUCUUCAGUGGCUGGCUGUGGAUAACAUUCGGCUGCGACGGACAAGUUCUUCUGGGGAUCUGCUUCAACUCCUUCAUUCAUAUCAUCAUGUAUUCGUACUAUUUUCUCGCUGCACUCGGGCCGUCGGUUCAGAAGUAUCUCUGGUGGAAGAAGUACUUGACCAGGCUCCAGAUCCUCCAGUUCAUCAUUCUGACGAUCCACGUUUCAAUACCCAUGUUCUACGACUGCGGGUACCCCAUGAUAUUGACCAUGCUGGCUACUGCUCAAGGCAUGCUGGGGCUGGUACUUUUCAUCAACUUUUACAUCAAUGCGUACUACAGGAAGAGCACGCAAACGAACUUUUGCACGUUACAGGAAGACGUCAUUGAUAGAAAGGAUAAGUAG